AUGAUAAGGGGCAAGUUGCUACUUUAUUGUAUUUUGACUUCAAUUGUCACGCUUGUAUCAAAUGUAUAUAUUAGAACAUAUCCCUCAAUUCAUCCCCAAAAAUGUUCAUGGGCAUGCGCCAGUAAAGCUUUAAACGAACCAAACAUCUCACCACUUUCAACAUGGGAAAAAAUGUUAUAUUAUACAAGAAGAUAUUACAAGGAUGUAUUAUCCAAUGCAAGCGAAAGCUCUCUGAAUACAUCUGAUGUUCAAGAUAUUCAUAUGCUGGCAUUAGGAGAUCCUCAAAUCAAGGGUGCCUACAAAAAGACGACUUAUUUGCAAGCCCUAGAUAUAUACAUGAAUGACCAUUAUUUAGGUCAUAUAUUCAAGACAAUGCAAAAAAGACUAGACCCUGGAUUCAUUGCUGUUUUAGGAGAUCUAUUUUCCUCUCAAUGGAUUAGUGAUUCAGAAUUUUUUAAUAGAACAAUGAGAUAUAAUGAAAGAUUAUUCAAAAGAAAUUCUACAUAUUUGCAUAAUAUUCAAAAAGAUAACCACGAUGAGAAUGGCCAAUAUAAAGUUGAAUGGUCAACUUGGGGUACUGAGCUUAAUACUAAAAGACAGAGUCCGAAACCUUGGAACUUUGAUUAUGGAUAUUCUGAUGUAUAUUCUUGGAAUCCAGAGGUCGAAGAUUUCCUGUUUUUAAAUGUUACUGGGAAUCAUGAUAUAGGCUAUUCAGGCGAUGUCACUUAUCAGCACAGGGCAAGAUAUGAAGAACUCUUUGGUAAGGAUAACUAUUGGAUUGAAUAUGAUAUUGAAACAGACCAUCCUUGGAGAAUUGUUGUGUUAGAUACUUUGCUUCUGGAAGGCCCAGCACUUCAACCAGAAUUCUUGGAAGUUAAUUGGGAAUUUUUAGAGCAAUUAAAAGAAAGAAAUUUUUCAGGAAGUACUGUGCUAUUAACACAUGUUCCAUUUUAUAAGCCUGCUGGAUUAUGUUCUGAUGGGCCCUCCUUUAGCUAUUAUCCAGAAGUCUGGGAGAAGGAACCUUAUAAAGCCAAUUUGCUAAGAUCUCAAAAUCAUUUGAGUGAAGAAGUCUCUAAUACAGUGUUGAAUAGCAUUUUCAACAACGGUAAGCCAGGUGUCAUACUAACUGGUCAUGAUCAUGUUGGUUGUGAAACUAUUUAUAGUAAAAAUAUUGAUAACAAAUGGUUUGCUUCAAAAAUUGCUCAAUCAAAUGUAAGUAUCAAGGAAAUUACAGUAAGAUCAAUGAUGGGUGAGUUCGAUGGUAAUUCAGGUCUAUUAACAGGUCAUUUUAAUCAUAUUACAAAAAAUUGGGAGUGGAAUUUCUCUCUGUGCCCAUUUGCCAUUCAGCAUGUUUGGUGGUUUGCAAAUAUAUCUAUAUGUCUUACUAUAAUUCUAUGGUCUUUCUAUUUCAUCUAA